GGGGCAGGAAAGUUUGUAACAUCUCACCCAGCAUGGUGAGAAAGGCAAUGACGAAGAUUGCCAAGCAGGACUCCGAACAGAUGUCAUGCAAGAUUUGGAACCGAUACUGUGAAGAACGCGAUCCAAGGCAUUGGCACCGCAGCGCAGCCGUCAUGGACAAGGCUGGAUGGGGACCUCACAACCUCAGGCGCUACCGCGGCCUAUCUCGAGCACAAAGCACCAUUCUGAUCCAGUGCCGAACGGAAUUCAUCGCUCUCAACAGUCACUUGCACUGGAUGCGCCGCUCCGACACUUCGCUUUGUGACUGCGAAGCCGCCGACGAGACCGUGUUCCAUAUGUUCAUCCAGUGCGAGCUCCUAGCGACAGCCCGAAGAGAGCUCUACACUGUACUCGGCCACCAAGACUUCUACAGGAUGCUGUCCGAGAAGCCCGAGAUCGCGGCCGAUUGGGCGAUAACCCAUUUCGACAUCCCCCAGUUCGAAUACGCCAAACAGGACUCCCGAUUCAAUUCGGUUGAGUCAUCUACCUCUGCCUCCCCGCCACUUAACGUACUUGACGAACUCAAGGCGUGGCUUUACAGGAGAACGACAUGAUUACAUGACCCAAGUGUUAUCCAACUGUGUUUAUCCUCAACUUGUGUUUCUCCCACUGCGUUGUCUUGCGACCUGAUCCAAUCUAUUACUAACCCGCCGAGCCAGCCUCG